UAAAAAAUUAUUUCAGGAAUUAAAACGUAUUUUCUUUCCAAAUUCCGAUUGAAGAUGUUGCCAAGAUGUGUUCAUUUUGUUACCUUGCUUGCUUUUUUUCUUUCUCUCCAAGAUGUGGCUUGUUUCUUCGUGCGUUUUUGGGAUGGUCAUAGUGGAGUUCCCUACUGUAUUAAUGACACAGGUAUAAUACAGUCAAACGGCAGUUGGGGAAACUUAUAUUUUCUGGAACUUUCUGGCGACAGCUGUCUUCACCUGACAGCUCAGUUUCGGUUUCGAGAAAAUGGCGCCAUGUUGAAUUUGAAUAGACAAGGUUGUCUUGCCGGUGGUUCUUUGUCUGGUUCUGGUUUUAAUCUUGAUUUAUUUUAUCUUUACGUCGACUCAGUAAGCCUGGACACAGCUGCUUGUGCUCAAAAUCCCAACAAGGGAAUCUAUCGCGCUAUAAACCAGACCACACAGGGAGCAUUAUCUGUUUAUUAUAAAGGGCAUGGCAAGAGUUUAUUUGAAACCUGGUGUGCAACCUAUGAAUAUAACUAUCAACUUAGCAAAAAAUACGCAAUCAAUCAACACAUUGGACUGAGUACAAGAUGUGACAACUGGAACCAAAGAUUUAUUUUCGGUUCCGUGACAUGUUAUGGUGAUAUGGUGAAGAAUGCCAACUGUCCUAAAAAUCAAUACAUGGUGGUCAAGAUUGCCUCGUUCCGUGGAUUACUCGCAACAAAGACUUGUGGUUUGAUUUUAACGGAUUAUAGUUGUGAACUUGAUGUAACAUGUCUUGUAAAGAAGAAAUGUGAUGGUCUUCAUGAAUGUAGUAUGCUUGUGGAUAACACCUUGUUUCCGAGUGACUGGUGUCCAGGAUUGAAAACAUAUCUUUAUUUUGAAUAUCAAUGUCAUUUUAACGUGAAACCGUUUAAAGAACUUUGCAGAUUUCUGGAAGAGUUCAGACCGUUGUUAGCUGGUGAUAGAGUAAAUUUUCCUGAUUCAUCAUUUUCUGCCUCUGCCUCUACAAAGGGUCACAGUCCUUCCGAUGCAAGAAUGUCAAGCGGAAGUUCUUGGUGUGCUCCUGUCGCAAAUGAUAAGCAUUAUCUUCAAGUGGACCUGGAUACGCUGUAUUGGUUAUUUCAUUUAAUAACGUAUGGUGACAGCACUAGUCCAAAAUGGGUCGCCACGUAUAAUUUUAAUUACACCCUAGAUUUGGUUAUCUGGAGACUAUACAGGGACGGGGUGAGUGGUAAUGUGACUAAUGCUGUCGCUUACAAUAAAAUGUCCUUAUACGAACCUGGGAAGUGA